GGGAAACAGUUCCGUCUCUCUCUGUUCACAUUCCCCUGUUUUUGUUGUGGGUUUUACCCUUUGAUAAAACCCUUUUUAGAAUGAUUGACAAGCAAGAUAGGAAUGUAGGCGACGAAGAGAAAUUGUGUGAGAGAGAGAGAGAGCUGAGACUUCAGGGGGAGAGGGUCAAUUGAGUGAGAGAGGAGGUGGGAAGGGAAGGGAGGUUACCUCUUCUUCUUGGCUCUCAUUAUCUCUAACCUCUGGAUGUCCCCUCAAUCACCACCUCCCCCAUUUCCUACCUUUCUUUCUUUCUAAAAUAAUUAGAAAAAACCAAAGCCCUAGCAGCAAAGUUAUACACAUUAUCCUCGUUACUAGUAUUUUUAUAUAAUACUCACCAUUUCCCCCAAAUUGGGCGUUACUAAUCUGCUUUCAACAGGAAGAAAACCCGGGUUUUGACAGGCACGCGAUCCCCAUUCCCCACCCAUCUUCUCCCCAAACCAGCCAAGCUUCUGGGGCUUCUACCUUUCACUCUCCUCACCCCCCACUACCUAAAUCAUCAUCCACCAUGCUUCCCGACACCUGCAUUCUCCUAUUUUGUUUCCUAAGUUGCUUUAUUCCCUUUAUCGGAGCAUCUCUGAACCUCACUCUUCCUCAUCAACAUCCCAACCCCGAAGCUGUUGUUCAAGAAGUUCAAAGGAGAGUGAAUGAGUCGAUGUCGCGGAGGCAAAUGUUGGGGGUUUGGGAGAAUGACCAAUCGUCGUCGACCUGCCUAACGGGAAACCCCAUAGACGACUGCUGGAGAUGCGACCCAAACUGGGCAGCUAACCGGCAACGCUUAGCCGAUUGCGGGAUCGGAUUCGGUGCCGCAGCGUUGGGCGGAAAGGGCGGUCAGAUCUACGUAGUUACCGACUCAUCGGACAAUGACGCCGUGAGUCCGAAGCCCGGUACACUCCGGUACGCCGUGAUCCAAGAAGAGCCUCUGUGGAUCAUAUUCUCAGGGAAUAUGCUGAUAAGGUUAAAGGAAGAACUGAUCUUCAACAGCUUCAAAACAAUCGACGGCAGAGGAGCAAACGUCCACAUCACGGGCGGUGGAUGCAUUACACUCCAGUACAUUAGCAAUGUGAUCAUCCACAACAUCCACGUCCAUCACUGCGUCCCAUCCGGAAACUCGAACGUGAGGUCUAGCCCCACACAUUACGGAUACCGGACGUUAUCGGACGGCGACGGCAUCUCCAUCUUCGGGUCUAGGAACUUAUGGAUCGAUCACUGCUCGCUUUCUUACUGCAGGGACGGUCUGAUCGAUGCGAUCAUGGGGUCCACUGGUAUUACCAUUUCAAACAAUUACUUCGCGCAUCACGACGAGGUGAUGUUGCUGGGACACAGUGACAGCUAUUCUCCAGACACUGGAAUGCAGGUCACUAUAGCGUUUAACCACUUUGGGGAAGCGCUGGUGCAGAGGAUGCCUAGGUGUCGACGUGGAUACUUCCACGUAGUAAAUAACGAUUUUACACAGUGGGAGAUGUAUGCCAUUGGUGGAAGUGCUAAUCCCACCAUCAACAGCCAGGGUAACCGUUACACUGCGCCCACUGACCCCAACGCCAAAGAGGUGACAAAGAGAGUGGACACAAACGAGAAGGACUGGGUGGACUGGAACUGGAGGACGGACGGGGAUAUAUUGGUGAACGGGGCGUUCUUUGUACCAUCAGGGGAAGGGUUAGGAGCGAAGUACGCGCUGGCGUCUAGCGUGGAGCCUAAAUCGGCUGCACUGAUUGACCAGCUUACCAUGAAUGCUGGCGUCUUAGGUGGCUCCAGGGAUAACAGUGCGAGCAUAUCAUACCCGGGAUACAGCAAUGGUGGGUCCGGCAGCGGCGGUACAGGAAUUUUGACCGGCGAUGGAGGUGGUGGUGACAUGGGCUACUUUGGGACGAUGUUCGGGAGCAGCGCACCUCGAUCGCCAUCACCCUCACCUUUAUUGUCUUCUCUAUUUAUUAUUAUUCCUUCUUUAUUAUUCAUCUUGUAUUUCUCUACCACCUCCCAUUUCUUCCAUAUUCCAUUAUCCCCCUCCUCACUCUCUUCACUACUAUAGCUAAGAGCUUACAAAAUGAAAGAAAACAAAUUACCAAAAAGAAAAAAAAAAUUCAGAAUUCAA